AUGAACUCCUUGCGAUGCGCGAAACCGCUCGCGGGGCUGGCGCGACAACGUUUUCCGCGCAGAGCUGCGCUGGUGGCAGCGCGGAAUACAGCGACCUACAUGUUUCCCCAGAUCAAUCCUCGUACUGGUGAGACUUUCCAAGUCUACGAAGCGAUGAGUGAUGAGAAGGUGAAGCAGAUCAUCCAGAAAACCCAAAACGCAUUUCAGGAGUGGCGCCAGAUUCCCGCAGCGCAGCGGGUAAAGCGACUGGCACCCUUGGCGGAGUUGUUACGUCAACGAGCCGAUGAGGCUGCAGAGCUGAUGUGUCAAGAGAUGGGAAAACCUGUAGCACAAGGAAAGGCGGAGGUGUUGAAAUGCGCCUAUUUGGUCGAUUGGUACGCAAAGCAUGGUGCUGAAUUCCUGAAAGAUACAGAAUAUCCUGCAUUACCUGGUUUCAGCAAGUCUUUUGUCACCUACCAGCCCUUGGGUUUGAUCCUGGCCAUUAUGCCCUGGAACUUCCCCAUGUGGCAGGUGAUCAGGAUGGGAAUCCCCACCCUGAUGGCCGGCAAUGCGGUGCUGCUGAAGCACGCGCACAACUGCUUCGGCAGCGGCCUCUUCUGCGAGGAGCUGCUGAAACAGCUGGAGCUGCCAGAGGGCUUAUUUCGCUCUUUGAUCGUCGAUGUCCCAGAGAUCCAUCAGGUUCUCGAGCACCCCCUGGUGCAAGGUGUAGCAUUGACCGGCUCAGAAGUGGCCGGGCGCGCUGUGGCGGCCAAAGCUGGGUCCUUGUUGAAGAAGGCCGUGGUGGAGUUGGGUGGCUCCGAUGCCUACGCCAUCUUGGCUGACUGCGACCUGGCACAAGCCGCCGCCGCGGUGGUGGACGCACGGGUUGCGAACAGCGGGCAGACCUGCAUCGCGCCCAAGCGGGUCAUCGUGGAGAAACAGGUCAAGGCCGCCUUCGAGGAGCUUGUGCUGGAAAGGGUGAAGGCGAAACAGUAUGGCGUGGACUAUGGUCCCUUGGUGCAUCCCAUUGGUCGGGACCAGGUGGCCAAACAGGUCAGGGAUUCGAUGGCCGAGGGCGCUCGGCUGCUGCAUGGCGGCCCGGAGGUGGCCAAACCUAGCGACGAUUGCGGCAAGUCCUUCUUUCCGCCCACGGUGCUCACCGACGUGCAGCCCGGCAUGACUUGCUUCGAGCACGAAAUCUUCGGACCGGUGAUCGCGAUCAUCGAGGCAGAAGACGAAGCUGAAGUGAUUCGUUUGGCGAACCAAACCAAGUAUGGCCUGGCUGGGGCGGUGUUCACGCGCGAUCUGGAGAAGGGCCAGCGCAUGGCUGUCAAGGACCUUGAGGCCGGGAUGUGCUUCGUGAACGACUUCGUGCGCAGCGACCCAUCACUGCCCUUCGGCGGCGUGAAGGCGUCGGGCCUGGGCCGUGAGUGCGCGGCCUUCGGGAUGCUGGAGUUCGUGAAUGUAAAGACCAUUUGCGUGAAGUGAGGGACUCCUUGUUACUGUGCAAUUUUUUGCUUCAAAACUCAGAUCUUAAAGUCGGUAUGUACCCAGUUUGCAAUAGUUUUCUUUGGCCACAAGAUGUGGCAAGGCUGGAAUAAUCAUGGUGUUUGAAGAUGUGGUGCUUUUGGAAGCCCACUAAGAUGGAUCUUUUGGCCAGACAGCUACUUUAUAGUCGGCCGGCUGGUACAGCUGCAGUGCCCUCGAAUGCAAAACUUCGCAUUUGGGGCUGGUUGACGAGUCUGGAACUUUCACUACUUAUUGCAGUUG